AUGGCCACCCAAACGGUCCCAGUUACCAAACCCGCCGCACCCCCAGCUUCAGACCCGGCCGUGUACCAGGAGUACGAAGCCAAAUGGUCGACCUACCCAACCGACGCCGACGGCUGGCUGCAGCGCGCGCGGGAUGUCGCGACGGUGCUCUCCGCCGACGCAGCCGUGCGCGAAAAGGCCAACAAGUCGCCCAAGGCCGAGGUUGCGCUACUCAAGCACUCUGGCCUGCUGCGCCUGCUUGGGCCCAAGAAGUACGGCGGCGGCGAACAGCCGUGGAGUGUGGGGUAUAAAGCGAUUCGGGAGGUUGCAAAGGGGGAUGGGUCGAUUGGUAUGCUCCUCGGCUACCACCUGUUGUGGUCUCGUACCGGGCAUGUCGUGGGCAACGAUGACCAAGCCGACCGCCUGCAGAAACUCAUCAUCGAGAACAACUACUACGUCGGCGGUGCUGUCAACCCACGCGACAGUGAUCUCAAGAUCACAUAUGACGACGACAAGAUCACGUACAACGGGUUCAAGAACUUCACCACGGGCGCGGCCGUGUCGGACCUGAUCGUGCUCGAGGGCGCUGUCGAUGGCCGCCCGCCCGAGGAGCACAUCUUUGCCAUUGUGCCGACGGCGCAGGCUGGCAUCGUGUUCAGUUACAACUGGGAUAACAUUGGCCUGCGGUUGACCGAGUCCGGGGCAGCCAAGAUUGAGAAUGUGUCGGCGCCGUGGGCGGAUGCGCUAGGUUGGGAUGUCGCGACGAAGAAGCCAGACCCGGCUGUUUUGGGGAUCGCGUUCCCUGCGCUGCUACUACCGAGCAUCCAGCUGGUCUUCAGCAACUUCUACAUCGGCAUCGCCCAGGGUGCGUUGGAGUUUGCUAAGCAAUACACCACCGCCCACACCCGCGCAUGGCCGUUCGGCGGAGAUCCCAAGGAAUCCGCCACGGAGGAAUUCCACAUCUUGUCGACCUAUGGUAACUUCUUCGCGCACCUGAGAGCUGCCGAGACGCUCGCGGACCGGGCCGGAGCCGAAGCAGACAAGCUCUACGAGAAAUACGGGAACCAGCGGGCCGGGUUAACGUUGCAAGAGCGCGGCGACUGGGCCGAGUGGGUAGCCAGCGUCAAGGUGGUGGCCACCGACACGGGCCUGCGGGUAACCUCGGGGGUGUUCGAGGUGACGGGCGCGCGGGCGACGGCAAGCAAGGUCGGGCUGGACCGGUUCUGGCGUGACCUGCGGACACACACGCUGCAUGACCCCGUCGCGUACAAGAACCGCGAGCUGGGCAAGUACUUUGUGCUCGGUCAAGCGCCGGACCCGACGUGGUAUACAUAG